UGUACACCACAUGCCUGUCUCCUUUGGUCUUCUUUAUAAUCCUUCCUCUUCAUUCUCUCUCUCUACUCUCAAACUUCCUCAAUUUUCUUCUCAAAUCAAUUCCUAAACAAUUGAUACAAAAUCUGUUUCCAUGGCCGAACCCUCCAGAAAUAAAACUGCCACCCAGCCAAGCCGGCUCCAGCGUCGCCGCCCGGCUUCUCUGCAAAUCAGUCCUGCAUCGAGCUGGAACGUGGCGAUUCCGCUCCUAUCACCACUUGCCUCCUCGCCGACAUCGAUUGACGUAGCAGCUGAGAUUAAGUCUCGGACAGAGUCACGGCAAGAGCAACGGAGAGAUGGUGAAAAGCCGGUGUUCAAGAAGUGGCAGCAUCCAGCGGCGCCGUUCUGUUACGAAACGCCUCCGAUAAAGCCGUUCUUUUCUGUACUGCCGGUUGGGCGGUAGAUUAGGAUAGUCAAAAGUAGAUGGUAGACGAAUCUAACGGUGUAGGUGCGUGUUGGUGUUGGGCAACAACAUGCACGUGAUUCAACUAAUUGUAUCUGUAUAUGUAUGUAGUAGUUUUUGCUAUUAUAAUUAACUUCUUCCGUUGAGAACUAAAAA